CAGAGGUACCCCCACCCGGCCACCCCCAUCUCAUCCUGGUUCGUGGUCAUCCAUCACCUUUCCCAUCUCGUCUCGUCUCACACAAGCCAGGCACCCCACCUCUCCGGCUCCUGCUCACAGCCAUCACCUUCCCCACUCCACACGAGCUAAGCGGAACAGCAACUGCCACAGAUCCACGCCAGGAAGGACUCCAUCGGCUUCUCCUCCUCACCUCUCCGCAGCGAGCAGAGCAGAGCAGGGGAUGAAGCGCGUAGUGGGGAGCCCGGGGACAUGGAGCGGCAUGGCGCUGCGGCUGUCGCAGUGCGUCUUUGCCGCCGCCUCCGUCUUCUCCAUGGUCUCCGGUUUCGGCUACUCCAACUACAGCGCCUUCUUCUACAUGAAUCUAGCGUUGAUCCUGCAGAUUAUGUGGAGUUUGGGCCUUGCUUGUAAGGAUAUCUUUGCUCUAAGGAAUAAAAAGGAUCUUCACACCCCGGAUAAUCUAUUGAUCAUUGUUAUGGUUGACUGGGUCGUGGCGGUUUUCAUGUUCUCAGGAGCCUGUGCCUCCGCGAGCCUGACAAUUUUCUUCAUGUGGGAUGUGCACUUCUGCGAGACAUACUCGAAGCUGGCCUGCCGGCAGUUCGCGCUUUCGGUCGUCCUGGCGUUCAUCACGUGGUUGCUGCAAGCUGCAUCUUCUUUCUCUGGCUUCUGGCUACUGGUUUCGUUCUUCUAGUCAUGUGCACAUAAUCGCAGGAAUCAGGAGGGUAAACCGGUUGAAAUGUGCUUGGGACACUUGCCAGAUUUCAGUUAUUGGCACGCAUCCUUCAUCACUUGUUAGAUAGAUGGAUUGUCUGUUUGAUAGUCGCUCAGCUUUAUUCUAGGAGUUGAUUAUGAACGCCUUGUGAUGGAACAGUUACUGUUUAGGUGAUGUGGGAUCAUUUAUAUGAAAGAGUAAUAUAUGAUGUGGGUACCUGAAUAA